AUGGCUGAAUAUAAAUUCGUCGUCUUGGGCAGCGGUGGUGUCGGUAAAAGCGCCUUGACCAUUCAAUUCAUUCAAGGAAACUUUGUUGAGAAAUAUGAUCCAACCAUUGAAGAUUCUUAUCGUAAACAAAUUGAAGUCGAUGGAAAGGCAUGUAUGUUGGAUAUUUUGGAUACUGCUGGACAAGAAGAAUACUCUGCCAUGAGAGAUCAAUACAUGAGAACUGGUCAAGCCUUCAUUCUCGUCUAUUCCAUCACUGACCCUUCUUCCUUCGAAGAUUUACUCACCAUUCACGAACAAUUAUUACGUUCCAAAGACGCCGAUGAAGUUCCAAUUGUUCUCGUCGGUAACAAGUGUGACUUGGAAGAAGAACGUGCCGUUUCCAAAGAAGAAGGUAAAUCCAUGGCUGAGAAAUUUGGAGAUCAUUGUAAAUUCUUGGAAGCUUCUGCUAAAGAAUCGAUCAAUGUGGAAGAAAUUUUCACAAGUUUGGUUCGAUUGGUCGAUAAAUUUGAGAAUGGAGGAGGAGAUGAUGAUGAUGCUGAUGAAAAGGAUGAUGAAAAGGAAGGAAAGAAGAAUGAAAAGAAGAAGAAGGAUUCUAGUGGAAAGAAGAAGAUUAAUAUUAAUAUUAACUUGCCAAAGAAGUGUUUGGUGUUGUAA